AUGGUCAAGGCCGAGGCUGGGCUAGCGGCGGCGCCGAGCUCGAUCGCCCACGCGCUUUAUGUCUUGCUGCUCGCGCUCGCGGGCGACGCGGAUCUCGCGGCCGCCGUCGCCAAGAGCGCUGCGCAUCAACCAGGCUUGGUCGCUUGGAUCGCGCUGCAUCGCGCUCUUCUUCUGGCAGCGAGGUCGUCCAAGGCAUCCCAAGGGCCUCACUUUGCAAGCGUCGUGCUCGAGUUUGACGGCUUCAACGACCACGUCGCCGCGGUCGUCAAGACGGGACAGAACACACUGUCCGCCAAGGCGAGCUUCCUCGGAGCGUCCGAGCUCGAGAAGAUCCGGAUGGCGAUCCUCGUGUCCAACGUAGCGAUCGAGGUCGUCCGUGGAAGGCGCCACCAACGGGCGCCAACCCUUUAG